UACUUUUUCCGACAAAACCUGAAUCCAAAGUUUCAGUCGUUAUUUUAGAUUGAGAUUGAUUGAUUUGAAUCUCUAAGAAAAUAAUGUUUCUGUAAAUUCUAUCGUCUCUCUUAUUCAUAAUAAGGCUUUUGCUCAGGACUCAACAAAAAUGUCGGUGAAACCCGCAGUCGCUUUGAGAGGUAUCCUAGUAGGUGGAGUGGCGAUAUUUGCGAAAGUUGCGGGUGCAAUGAAAGCUGCUGGAGGUGUUAAGCUUGGUGCAGCUGCUACAGCUAUGACCGUGGCUGCAACUGCUGCCGUGAGUGGAGGAUCUAAGCAAGAACAAAAGCAAGAUGCUUCUAAAGCACCACCACCUUCUAAAUAAGUAUUGUCAAUGUAAUUCUUCCUUACCAAUCAAUAAAAAAGAGAAAAACGACUCCAUUAAAGACCAUUUUAGUUUUUCAAGGGUUCUAUGGAGUUUAUAUGUAAUGUUGUUGAAAGUGUAAAACUGUAGUUUUCUUCUGUAAUAACUUCUUUAUUCAUACAAUUAAAAGGAGAUGGAUUGCGAUAA